AUGGCAUCUUCUACAGUGUUGAGAGUAAAACGUAGGCUCGAAGAGAAUCCACAGGACACGCUGGUUCUGAUGUGCAAACGGAUAAAAACUGACAAAGAAGAAAUCUCACCAUCGUUGUUCGUGUUCCGGGGCACCGUUGAAGAUCAAGAAACCACACAUGUCAAGAAUCUCUUACCAAAAACAGAUGUAAAGCAGCAAUCCCUACCAAACGUAGACACUAUCAUAGAAAAAUUAAGGAAAGAAAGAAAAGAGGUCACUACAAAGAGUCGUUACGAAAUAGUCAACUGUAGUCGAGGUUUGAAAGAUGAGGAUAAAGAUGGAGAGAAUACAGAUGUACUCAAUUUAAUAGAUCUGCAGAAAACUGACGAUAAAGAUGGGAACUUACAUUAUGCGUAUGAUCUUUAUACCAGUAUAAAACAAGAGUUUGAUAUAUCUAUGAUAGACAACUUCGUGGGUGUUGAAACAGGCUUGGUCCUAGAUUCAUAUGAUCCAACGCGAGACUCAGACAAUGAAGCGGAAGAUGAUGAUGAUUCUAAUGAUGAGAACAAUUGGAGGAAUGAUUAUCCAGACUCGGAAGUCAGCAGCAUAGAUGUAGAGGAUAUGGUGCAAGCUAUGCAGAGGGUUGAUAUUGAAGACGACCUAUCCAGUGACACGGGUGAAGACAAAAUAUAUGAUGAUCCACCGGACAUACUUCAAGAUGAUGCUCAGAGAUAUGGUUCAGCAUAUGCUAAAUAUAAAGCUAAAGUGCUGACAGAAAACCCAGAUUUAUCUAACAGAGGUCUAAUACACUGCCAUAAGGCUGAUGACGUUGAUGAUCCAGGGUAUAAGAAUGACAGUGAUGAUGGCUUCUAUUACGGAGAAGAUGAAGAUACAGAACAAUUUAGGGAACAAUACAGAAAUGAGUCGUCCGAUGAUAAUUAUCCGGAUUGA